AAAAAAAAAGAAAAAAAAAAGACACGAAUGAUUCAAUCCAAAGCGUGCCGUUUUGUAUACGAAAGGAGGGAACUUCACUUAUCUUCUUCUUCCCAAUCGCACAGUCACACACAGACCUCAUCCUCUCUCUCUCUCUCUAGAAUUCCGAUACGAUGCACUCACUACCCUCGCAAGCCAUGCGUCCUUUCUCUCUCUCAUCUCCAUCAUCGCACAGCUCUCGGUAUCUCCGAUUCUUCCCCAUCUCCUUUCCCGUUUUCCCCAAAUCCAAAUUCCUCAAUUUUCCCACAAAAUCCCCUCCUCUGAUCGUCCGAAACUGCUCUUCGGUCUCCACCAAGACGCCUUCGGAGUUCCGGAAGAAUCGCGCCGUCUCGGAGCCCGAUGAGAAGCUCCGCGCCCUACGUCAGCUCUUCUCCAAGCCCGGCGUCGGCAUCGAUGCCUAUAUUAUUCCCUCUCAGGACGCUCACCAGAGUGAGUUUAUUGCUGAAUGCUAUAUGAGAAGGGCCUAUAUAUCCGGCUUCACUGGUAGUGCUGGAACUGCUGUUGUAACCAAGGAUAAAGCAGCUCUAUGGACUGACGGACGCUAUUUUCUCCAGGCUGAUAAGCAACUGAGCUCUAGUUGGAUUCUCAUGCGGGCUGGUAAUCUUGGCGUUCCUACCUCUAGUGAAUGGCUUAGUGAUGUUUUGGCUCCUGGCGGGAGAGUUGGCAUUGAUCCUUUUCUCUUUUCUGCCGAUGCUGCAGAGGAACUGAGGGACGCCAUUGCUAAGAAGAAUCAUGAAUUGGUUUUCCUAUAUGAUACAAACCUAGUGGAUGAAAUAUGGAAAGAAGCAAGACCAAAGCCUCCAAAUAAAUUAAUUAGAGUACAUGACCUAAAAUAUGCUGGACUAGAUGUGGCAUCUAAAUUUUCAACACUGAGGUCAGAACUGGUUAAUGCUGGAUCAUCUGCAAUUGUGAUAUCCAUGCUUGAUGAAAUUGCCUGGCUGUCGAACUUGAGAGGAAAUGACAUCCCACAUUCUCCUGUUAUGUACGCAUACUUGAUUGUGGAGAUCAAUAAAGCAAAGUUAUUUGUGGAUAAUUCGAAAGUCAACCCAGAUGUGAUGGAGCACUUGAAGAGUGCAGGAGUCGAGUUGAUGCCGUAUGAUACCAUUCUGUCUGAAGUUAAAAGUUUGGCAGCACAAGGAGCUCGACUGUGGCUGGAUAGAUCUUCUGUUAAUGCUGCUAUUGUCAACACUUACACUGCUGCCUGUGAAAAACAGUAUAAGCACAUUGAGAAAACAAAUAAGAGUCAGAAGAAUGUUGACCUCAAUGGUUGGUCAACUGCCCCUGCUGGAAUUUAUAAAGCAUCUCCUGUCUCUUUAGCAAAGGCAAUAAAAACUGCUGCUGAGUUAGAAGGAAUGCAGAAUUGUCAUUUGAGGGAUGCAGCUGCUCUAGCACAAUUCUGGGCCUGGUUGGAAGAGGAAAUUCACAAGGAUGUAAAAUUAACGGAGGUAGAAGUGGCUGACCAGCUUCUUGAAUUUCGUUCAAGGCAGAGUGGUUUCAUUGGUACAAGCUUUGACACUAUAAGUGGGUCUGGUCCAAAUGGCGCAAUCAUCCACUACAAACCAGAACCAGCUAGUUGUAGCAUUGUGGAUGGAAAUAAACUCUUCCUAUUGGAUAGUGGAGGUCAAUAUGUUGACGGAACAACAGACAUAACAAGGACUGUUCAUUUUGGUGAACCUAAAGCAUGGGAAAAAGAAUGCUUCACAAGAGUUUUGCAGGGUCAUAUAGCCCUUGACCAGGCAGUAUUCCCUGAAAAUACCCCGGGUUUUGUCUUGGAUGCAUUUGCUCGUUCAUCUCUUUGGAAAAUAGGACUUGAUUACCGACAUGGAACUGGGCAUGGUGUGGGAGCUGCAUUGAAUGUCCAUGAGGGCCCUCAAAGCAUCAGCUUUCGAUAUGGCAAUAUGACUCCUUUACAGAAAGGCAUGAUUGUUAGCAAUGAGCCAGGCUACUACGAAGACCAUGCAUUUGGCAUUCGUAUUGAGAAUCUGAUUGUCGUGAAAGAGGCUGACACACCAAUUCGUUUUGGAGGAAUUGAAUAUCUGGGUUUUGAGAAACUCACAUUUGUUCCCAUUCAGGCUAAAUUGAUCGACUUAACUUUGCUUUCUGCCGAGGAGAUAACUUGGCUCAAUGAUUACCAUUCCCAAGUCUGGGAAAAGGUCUCGCCUUUGCUGGAUGGUUCAGCCCUUCAGUGGCUUUGGAACAACACACAGCCACUCGUCAAGCGGUGACUGCUAUUUGUGCUGUUCAUUUUUAGAAUUUUGAUUCCUUCUUGUAUAAUUCUUCGUACAUACACAUAAAUGUUUUCCAAUUAAAUAGGGUGACGAGGAGAAAAGGAAUAUGGCUAUAGUUGUAUUGUACAGUAUGCUGCAGAAACUGCCCGUUAUGCGUUUCUUGUUGUAGCUCUUCCAGAAACGAUUCUUAAAUAGCAUUUACAUGGCAUGUAUUUUCGAAA